GGAACAGGCAUUGUAGAUACAGGAAGCCUGGUGUCAAGUAGUCUUCACAGACACAUGCACGCAAAUACACACAGACACAGGAUAUACAGAGACAAACAGAAACAUGAGCAUAUGACGGCCAGCGCUUCAGCUAUGGACUUGAGUGAGGAGGAAACGACCCCCCUGGUGUACAGGGACAGGGGUGGCAGCCACAGGUCCAGCUGCAGGUCCGGUCUACAGGUCAACCUCCACUUCUUCCCGGUCACCAAAGCAGAGUCAACCUUCUGCAUCCCCGGCGGGCAGAUCUCAGCCGAGAAUGUGUGCAUCCAGGCAGCAAAGACAUGCGGCAUUCUCCCUGUGUUUCACAGUCUGUUUGGCCUGGCCUCUGAGGAUCUCUCUUUCUGGUACCCACCCACACAUGUCUUUAAUGCUGAAGAGAGCACCGUGGUGAACUACAGAGUAAGGUAUUUCUUCUCAAACUGGUUUGGCCAAGGCACAAAGACAUCGUAUCGCUAUAGCCUUGCAAGGGGAAAAGUCAGUGCAGUACUGGACUACUGUGUCAUCGAUUAUCUCUUUGCCCAGUCACGUAGUGACUUUGUGAACGGUCAGGCAGGAGUGAGACCUUCCCUCGGUGUCCAAGAAGAGUGUUUGGGUUUAGCUGUACUUGACCUUUGGUGUCAUGCCAAGGAACAAGUCCUGAGCUUGAAGGACAUCUGCAAAAGAGUUGGGUAUAAGUCUUGCCUGCCGGAGGCCCAUCGGCAGAAGAUCCAGGGCCUGAGUCGGCUGGCCCGCUAUCAAAUCCGCAAGACGGUCAAGCGCUUCCUCAAGCGGCUGGGCCACUGCCAGGCCAGCGAAUGCAACCUAAAGCUCAAGUACCUGAUGGAGCUGGCAGCCAUCGAGCCCAUGCUUGGCACCGAGACGUUCCAGGGCCAGGAUGCCGGCUACAGGCAGGGUCAGCAGGCCACCACCAGGCUGAUCCGCGUGUCCGGGGAGACAGGUGUCCAGACCAGGACAGAUGAGGCUGCGGAGUGGCAUACAUUUUGUGACUUCCCCAAGAUCACGGACAUCAGCAUCAAGCAGGUUUGCCACGAGCAGGUGCCACAGGAGGGCCGUGUGGUCACUCUCACACGGCAGGACGACAGGUUUGUGGAAGUUGAGUUCCCCAGUCUGACAGAAGCCCUGUCCUUCGUUUCACUUGUUGACGGCUACUUCAGACUCACCACCGACUCAAGUCAUUACUUCUGUCAGGAAGUCGCACCCCCCAGCCUGCUGGAAGACCUUCAGAACUACUGCCAUGGCCCAAUCACGCCUGAGUUUGCCGUGCACAAGCUGAAGAAGGCUGGAGCGAAACAUGGCACAUUUUUGCUGAGACACAGCACUCGGGAAUUCAACAAGUACUUCCUUACUGUGUGUGUUCAGACAUCUCUGGGAAAGGACUACAAAGACUGCCUCGUCGUGAGCAAUGAACAAGUCACACUGGCUGGUGUCCACAAUUCCUUUGUAAACCUGAAGUCUCUUGUUGAGUUCUACCAGAAAAAUAAGUUUUACCUCGGAGACGAUGCCAUCAAGCUCGAGACAGUAUGUCCUCCUCGCCCCAAAGAAACACAUGACUUUGGCACUGCGACCCCGACAGAAGAUGAACAUUACUUGGAGCUAACCAACCUGAUCAUCGUUCGUCAGAGCACCUCUGUAGAGCUGCAGGGGUCUCCGCCUCUGGAGUGUCACAAGCCCAGUCACAUCCAGUUCCAGAUGAUCCGCUAUGAGGAGCUGGAGCUGGGUGAAAGUUUAGGUCAAGGCUCUUUCACAAGGAUUCAUAUGGGCCGCAAGAUAGGCACCCGGGAUGGGGAGAAAUACGUCACAGAUAUUUUACUCAAAAUCCUUAAUGCCGAUGCUAAAACCUACUGGGAGUCUUUCUUUGAGGCUGCCAGCAUGAUGAGCCAGGUCUCCCAUAAGCACCUCCUCCAUGUCUACGGCAUCAGCGUCAACCAGAACAACAAUAUCAUGGUGCAGGAGUUUGUGAAGAGUGGUGCCCUUGAUCUGUACCUGAGGAGAACUCCGUCUGUGUCCGUGAGCUGGAAACUAGAGGUGGCCAAGCAACUCGCCUGUGCCCUAAAUUUUCUGGAGGAGAAAAACCUUGUCCACGGGAAUAUCUGCGCCAGAAAUGUACUGCUGGCCCGGGGAGAGCCCAGCCCAUUCAUUAAACUGAGUGACCCAGGGAUCAGUGUGACAGCGUUUGGGACAGAUGAAAAACUGGGCAGAAUCCCUUGGGUGGCACCUGAGCUGCUUGCUGGGUUGGACUCACUAGAGCUGGAGAGUGACAAGUGGAGCUUUGGGACGACUCUCUGGGAAGUCUUCAACGGAGGAAAGGUGCCCCUACAAGGCUUUGACCCCCACCAGAAACUGCACUUCUAUGAGAACAACCACCGGCUGCCAUCCCCAGAGUGGACAGAGCUAGCUGACCUUAUCAGCCACUGCAUGAACUACCAGCCCGCUCUGCGCCCAUCCAGUCGAAGCAUCAUCCGCCACCUCAACAGUCUCAUAACGUCAGAUUAUGAGAUUCUGCAUGCAGCUGGCACAACCAACAACAGCGACACCUUCUGGAGAGAUCUGAGCCUGCAGUCGUACCACCCGGAGCAGACAGUGUAUGAGGAGAGGCACUUGCGCUACAUCUCUCCCCUGGGAAAGGGAAAUUUCGGUAGCGUGGAGCUGUGCCGCUACGAUCCAUUGGGAGACAACACUGGAGAGCUCAUCGCGAUCAAGAGGCUGCAGUCCAACAAGCAGGGCAACCUGGCAGACUUCCGCAGAGAGAUCGAGACCAUUAGUUCCCUGCACUGCGACUUCAUCGUCAAGUACCGGGGAGUCUGCUACAGCAUGGGGCGUUGCAGCGUGAGCCUGGUGAUGGAGUAUCUGCCCCAUGGAAGUCUGAUAGGUUAUCUUGAGAACAGACCCUCGAAUGUCAACCACAGGAGACUCCUACUAUUUGCAUCUCAGAUCUGCAAAGGAAUGGAGUACCUUCAGAGUAUGCGACUGAUACACCGGGAUUUGGCUGCUAGGAAUGUGCUGGUGGCCAGUGACAUACUUGUGAAAAUAGCUGAUUUUGGCCUGACCAAGAUCAUACCUUAUGACAAGGAGUAUUACAAAGUGUCCCAGCCGGGCCAGAGUCCCAUUUUCUGGUAUGCACCCGAGUCCAUUAGCGAGUCCAAGUUUUCACACAAAUCAGACGUGUGGAGCUUUGGGGUCGUUCUACAUGAGCUGUUCUCCUACUGCGAGCUCAGUUUGAAUCCCAAAAAGCUUUGCAUGCAGGGAAUUGGCAGUGACAUACAAGGGCAUUGCACCUCGAUGCAUCUUUUCAACAUACUCAAAGACAAAUGGAGGUUGCCAGCUCCACCAUUUUGCCCACCAAAAGUUUACAGCAUAAUGAUGAAAUGCUGGGCUUGGGAGUCGGAGGAGAGGCCAUCGUUCUCCAGCCUAGCGGAACUGGUUGAGGACACCCUGCAGGAGGACAGGGAUGGCUUCAAAGGUUAAUAGUCCUUUGGAGUGCCAUUGCCUUUGGUGUUGGUGGCAAAUUCCAUCACCUGUACAUUCAUGCAUUCAAUUUUAACGCAUGAGAAUCACAAAGAAUAUAUAUGCUAUUUUUGUAUUUUUGUGUCCAACUGACAAAUUUUCUGAUAAUUGCCUUCGAAAUACAGAGAUUUUUGACAUGAGAAAGUGUUCAGACCUUGCCUCUGUUUCUGCAUGGUCUGAAACUGACUGAACAACAGUGCUAGUGCAUUUACACAUAGCGGACUGCCACGCCAUGCUUACAUAUCAACUGGUCUUCUGUAGAAUAUAUCACUGAUUUAUACAUGGGUGGAAUUGUAAAAGAGAAAAGCAUUUGCAAUAAAGUGUGGAAUGUGAA